AUGCCUCGAACAAUGUUUAUAAACCCCUUCAAGACGCACAGUGUGGAUGAAUUCCCCGGCGUCCAUGUGCCUCUUGAAGAAUCAGUCCCCAGCGGCCCCACUCCCCACGACCGCCAGAGCAACUCCCCUGCGCCCUCUGAAAAAAGCUCCAAAGACGAUAAACCUGCGCGCCCCGAAAGUGAUGCAUCAAGUGGUGUUGUUAACCAUGGAAUGACUCUUGCAGCCCUCAAAGCAGAAAUCGAAGCAGAUGUCGCCGCCUCGGGCACCGACACCCCAUAUGACCGCAAGUCCAAGGUCAUCAACCGGGCCCUGGGCGAUAUGGGCAUGGGCCGCUACCAAUGGAAGCUUUUUAUCCUGGCUGGAUGCGGAUGGAUGGCAGACAACCUGUGGUUGCAGGGUGUUGCACUCACGCUACCACAACUCUCGGUUGAGUUUGGUGUCAGUGAGAGUGAAGUUCGAUAUACCACCCUAGCGCUCUUCCUCGGUCUCUGCAUCGGUGCAUCAUUCUGGGGUACUGCGUCGGACAUUAUCGGCCGCCGUGUUGCUUUCAACUUUACGCUGUUCCUUGCCGGUGCCUUUGGUCUCGCCUCAGGUGGUGGUCCUAACUGGAUCGGCACAUGCGCGCUCUACGCCUGUAUCGGACUCGGUGUCGGUGGCAAUCUUCCUGUUGACGGAGCACUCUUCCUGGAGUUUCUCCCACAAACAUCUGGAAACUUAUUGACAUUGCUUUCCGUCUUCUGGCCUAUUGGUAACCUGAUUGCCUCGCUACUCGCAUGGGCAUUCAUUCCCAACUUUUCCUGUGCUGCCGGCACUCCUGCUGGACAGUGUAAAAUGUCAGACAACAUGGGGUGGAGAUACCUCAUCCUGACACUUGGAGCCAUCACCUUCGUCAUGUUCAUCUCGCGUUUCUUCUUCUUCCAUCUCUACGAGUCGCCCAAGUUCUUGCUGUCACGUGGUCGCCAGGCCGAGGCUGUAGCCACCGUCUACGGAAUCGCGUAUUGCAAUAAGACGCACACCUGGCUUACCGAAGACAUCCUCAACUACAUUGGAGGCGACCAGGAAGUGACUGGCGAGGAUGUCAAACUCAGCAGCUUUGAAAUCAUCAAGCGGUCCAUCAGCCGCUUUUCCUUUGCCCGCUUUAAGAUCCUCUUCCAGGACAAGAAACUCGGAUUGACCACUGUGCUCUUGUGGUUCCAAUGGACUACCAUUGGCAUGGCCUAUCCGCUGUUCAACGCCUUCCUGCCGCAAUACCUGGCCAACUCUGGAGGCGAAGUAGAAAACGACGUGAGCACCGUGUACCGCAACUAUGCCAUUACUGCCAUCGUCGGUGUUCCUGGAUCGUUCUUGGCAUGCUAUGCUGUCGAGAUGAAGUUCCUGGGCCGCAAGGGAACGAUGGCCAUUGCGACCGUCAUCACUGGUGUCUUUGUCUUCCUGUUUACCAUCUCGAGUGACUCGGACUUUCAACUUGCUUUUACUUGCUUGGAAGCCUUUUUCCAGAACAUCAUGUAUGGCGUACUGUACGCAUACACUCCCGAGGUUUUCCCUGGCCCGAUCCGCGGCACUGGCACUGGUAUCAGCAGUUUCUUGAACCGAGUUGCUGGACUGUGCGCUCCCAUUGUCGCCAUUUUCGCUAGCAGCGGUAGCCCCAAGGCGCCCAUCUACGCAAGUGGUGGGCUGUUCAUCGCGGCGUUCUUCAGUAUGUUGGUCUUGCCGAUUGAGACAAGAGGAAAGCAGACGCUAUAG